AUGAAAGGAAUUAGGGCAUUAGUUUUGCAGGACCUCCCUCAUGUUUUUCCUUCCAAAAGUUUCCAGGUACGUGAAGGGAAACGAGUUCGUUUCUCGUCGAGCGUUGAAAGGGAGAGCGAAAGAUUUUUAACGAGACGAUUUUUCCAAUUUAAUCAGCGCUCAUCGACGCAACUUCACACAACAGCGUCAUCCCGACGAUUCUGGAGUUUUUUCGAGUUCUCUUCGAAGGAAGAAAACUGCCAGGAUGCGAAGAAAUGUCCCUCGUCCAAGGACAUCGUUUCAACCUCGUUAAUCUCAACGAACAAAGUUGACGAAGUAUCGAAAUCAACAGGGUCGCCUAAUUUGAUCCGCAACAUUUCAACGGUGCCGCCUCCUAAUUUGAAGCGGAAUUCCCAGUUCGAUUUGAAAUCGAAGGGGCCGAUAAGCUGUCUAAAGUUGCAGAACGUUUUGAAACAGGACAAUUUGGUGUCCCUGUUGGACGGGAAUCCUGUCCCGAAAACGCUGAAAUGGAAACUGAAGGGUUACAAAACCCUUCGGAACGAGCAGGCCGGUGACUUCGCAUUUGUGCCGGGCGGAAAGUCGUACGAUUUCGAUAUUCUAACCAAGGACGAGCUGAUGAACUCGAGCAAUUGUAACGCGGAUAGAUCUCGAACGAAGGGGAGGAAUAGCGACGCGAGAAACGAUACCAUUUGCUUGACGACCAAAGCUAUAGAGAACGUGGAGGAGAUAUUUUGCAGGAAUAAAUUGAUCGGCAAGGACGAUCCCAUCAUCGAGGAGGCGAAGAUCGAGAAAAGGGAGACGGAUAUGAGUAGCGCGGUGGCCGCCUCGAAUCAGAAAAUUUCAACCACGAGCAAGUUGCUGGUCGGCACCCCUGGUAACAUCCCUCCCAAGAAGGAGGAUAUUAAAUAUCUGCCCAUCUUGAAAACCGAUUUCUCAACCGGCCAGAUGAAGUAUCAGACGCAACCGUCCGUCCAGUUUUCGUCUAAACCGCCUAAGAAUAUCCCGAAACCUUUGCCGCCGAUAAUGAAGAGGCAAGACGAGGGGAAAAAAUUGGACGAAGCGGAGGAGAAAAAGGCCUCGGCCCAGGUGCCCGAGCCUGCGUCGCAAGAGGCGACGGAAGCGACGGAAGCGAUCGAGGAGAGUGUGGCGGAGCCGGAAGCGACGAUGGAAACGGAAGUGGAGGCGAAGGAGGAAGCGCAGCCGGAGGACGACAUAACCAGCUCGAAGUACGCGUUGGAAAUGUUGAAAGCCGACGAGAUGGAGGAAGAAUUGCGGGAGUCGCGAUAUACGGAGAGCGAUAGGAGGAACGUUUCUCGACACUUGUCGAGAGGGAGCGAGGAGAUGGAGACGGUGGAAGCGAACGAAGGGGAGGUCGAAUCGUCGAGGAGCGAGCAGAUGGAGAUGAGAGAAGCGGAGAGUGAUACGAACGAUUCUGAACUUGCAUCAACAAAUCCUCAAGUUGAACAAUUGUCAAAAGGGACGGAAAACAUCGAAUCACCGAGCGAAACGUUGAACUUGAAAUUUCUCAAACCCGACCCAGCCGCCACGUAUUUCGCGCCACGGAAAUCGAGCAGGCACGGAAGAACCGGCUUCCAAGCCGUAAUGGAGAAACCAGUUAUGAACAUAACCAACCCUUACGAGCACGAACGGGUUCCGAGCUCGCCUUGUGCCGCCACUCAGGCCAAAUUGUUGCGCUCCAACACGGAUAGCAGAAAUUCUCAGGGGUCGGAGAUGGGCGGUGGUAAAGGGUCCUCGAUGAGCGGCAGCUCUGGCGGGGGAUCGCGGAAACCACCCGCCUCGUAUCCCCCGUACACGAGUCGGAGAUCGGCUUCCUCCAACAGCUCCAACUGUUUGACCAAAAAAUUGCCGAUCGCGAGGGAGCCGGAGAGCAACGGGCUGCGAGCGAUGUUGAACACGAGGAAUCCAUCGUCCAACAUCUCAACUUCCACUAUGAAUUUACGGAAUAAGAACAAGGACAAUCAGAAUACGAAGAAUCGGAAGGACAACAAGAAGAGUAACAAAAAGGAGUGCAAGCGUUAUUGCUGCCCGGCGUUGCAAACACCCACCGAUUGCGAUUACACCAAGUUUCAAUGCCCGAACGCGAAACACGAAUUUCUCAACGCUACGAAAAUGGUCCAUUACGAUCCAACCUGUUUGCAGUCGGAAGACGAGGCCGAGAUACGAGAGUUUUGUACCGAUCCGAGGUCGCACAAAAAGUGCAACAGAGAGAGAAAUAAUCCGAGUCGAAGCAACAGCAGCAACAACAGCAGCAGACGAAACAGUUCCUAUCCUGGGAGAAGGAGUCGAGAUGACAACUCGAGGAAUUCGACGGAUGACAGAAGCACGAGGUCGAGAAACAGAGACGUGAACAGACGGACGAGCAGGUCCGACGAUAAUAGUGGGAACAGAUCGGCGAAAUUCGGGAAAAGGAAUUUCAUGAAUUCCGCUUACGUCAGAUGGCCGAAAACUGUGAAAAGCGUGAAACGAUUUUCUUCGUUGCCCGCCUUCGCUAUCCCCCUGCUCGGCGCGAAGGAGAGCAGGGAGUUGAAUCAGAAAAUACUGAUCUCACCCUCGAAAUGCAAUUUCUCGAAAUGCAAGAGGAACGACGACAGGACAAAGUGUAAACAAAACAGGUGCAAAAGACAGGCCAACAAGUGUAAAGUGCAGGGCGACAGGAAAGGAGAUGAUAAUUGCAAAAAGCUGAAGGGUUCUUGCGACAAUAAUGCUUGUAGGAGGCAGAGGGAUACUUAUAAGAAGGAUACCGAUGCGUGCGCGAGGGUGAAACCCGUUCUCUGCGACGAUAACGAUGAAAAUACUUGUAAAAGACCCACGAAGGUGGUGGAGCAUCCUUGCAAGAAGGUGAGGCGAAAUAGGAAGAGGGACGAUAAAAAGGUAAGAUCGAGUUAUGACACAAAAAAUAAUGCUUGUAAAAAGACUUCAGGGAAAUUGAGUUGCAGUAGUGUAACCAGGAUCAAGGAGGGUCAGUAUGGCAUUAAGGAUGCAACGAGCACUUUGAAUAUAUGCGGCAAAAAGAGGGAACAAAUGUGCAAAGAUAGGAAAAAAACAAUAAUCCCAGAAAGCGAAAAAGCGAAAGAAUCCGCGAAAGAAAGGAUGGAUAGAGAGCGAAGAGAGAUCGAGGAGUGCAAGAAAAAUAUAAUGCCUAAAAAGAAAAAGGAGGAUAAAAAAGUAGUGUCCGGUUUAGAGCGUAUUAUCAGUCCGUGUAAAGAACAAUUGAAGAAGAAAGAGGUGAACUUUACAAACUUAAAAUUUCCUUUGAAUCUUAUAAGCAGUUUGCAAAAUUCCAAAUUGCUGAACGAUCGAUUGAGGAAAUAUUCGAACGAGGAAACCUAUGAAAACGAUAAUGAUGUCGGUUUGAACGAUUUGGUACCGGAAAAGAAAUUCUGGAUUUUCCACGAAGACUUGAACUAUCCGGAUGUACCUGUUUUAAAAGAAAACGUUGAGGAUAUGCCAGAAGCAGAAGAUGACGAUAAUGCUACCAAUACGUGGUUCUUUUCGUGGUUCAACGGCUGUCAAUAAUUAAAAAUAUACUGUCAAUAACAAAAGAAAGUGAAUGGUAUAUAAUUUAUUUUUUAAAGUUCUACGCUUUUUCGUGUAGUCCCGGGAGUAGUUUAAUUUAAAAAAAAAAAAAAAAAAAANAAAAAAAUGAUAAAAUAUAUGUAAAUUAAGAAUUGAUUAUAUAGAGUAUAGAUCAACUGUUUUUAUAUCGAAUAUAACGAAAUGAAGAACAUA